GCCGGUGACGUUUCUCAGCGCUGCCAGUGGCGCCAGUCGCUCUGCUGCUAAAGUCCUGUUGAUUCUUAACCCAGCCCUCUCCUCAAGCAUGUCAAAGUCCCCAGGGACUUCCAAAGAGGACCAGAGCAUGUCGGAAGAGGAAUCAGACGUCAUGAAAACCCCAGAGUCCCAGAGUGGCUCUGUGUCGGCUUCAUCUAGCAUCCUCCGGCAGGAGGAAGACGCAGCCUCCACAAUGGUUACUGGCUCUGACUAUGAGACCAUGGUGUCGGAGCUAAUGUCAAUGGGCUAUGAGAAGGAACAGGUGCAGGCUGCCCUGAGGGCCAGCUAUAACAACCCACAUCGAGCCGUGGAGUACCUGCUCACGGGAAUUCCAGGGGUGUCCCAGCCCGAACGCAAGAUGACCCAGGAACGCCAGGUUGCUGAACAACAUACCACAAAGGCAAGAGCAAGCAACCCUCUGAAUUUCUUACGUUCAUAUCCUCAGUUCCAGAGUAUGCGGCAGAUGAUUCAGCGGAAACCGGAGCUGCUGCCCAACCUCCUCCAGCAGCUGGGCCGUGGCAACCCUGAACUUUCCCAGCAAAUUAUACAACACCGAGAUCACUUCAUCGAAAUGUUAAAUGAACCCUUCGGGGAGACAGACGAUGACGAUUCGGACACUGACGUGGAAAUGGAGAUGGAAUUGGAGGUCGAAGUGCAGGUGGAGGGCGUGGAGGAGGAGCCAGAGGAAAUCGCCCUUGGAGAGGAGAUUCCUCAAUUUGAGGAAAUCACCCAUCAAGAUCUAGCAGCUUUGGAAAGACUGUCGGCGCUAGGCUUUCCAGAAAAUCUUGUAACUCGUGUAUAUUUCACUUGUGAAAAACAAGAAAAUGUAGCAGCAGAUGUUCUUCUUAACCAACUUUCAGAUUAUCAUGAGUAGUACUGGGAAGCCCAGGCCACUACUCCACGUUUCAACAAUAAAAGGAAAAAUAAAAAUCUA